CAAAAAAAAAAUAAUAAUAAAAGAGAGAUAAGAGAACGAAAGCACAAUAAUGUUGCUUCUCUUUUAACUCCGAAACCCUAAGCUAGAUUCAGAUCGGAUGAAGUGACGAAGUGUUUGAGAAGCAGGAAAGGAUGGGGCUAGUCAUUCUUUAGCUCAGCUGAUGUGACUUUGGUUUCAAAAUCAGAUUUUGAUUGCGUAAAGAUUACGGGAAUUGUAGACUAAUAUCUGUAGAGUCUCUUUAGAGAAAUAUGGCUUCUGUGAGUGUUGUGCCAUCAUCAGGAUUGAAAAAUUCAGUUGGAAAUAAUGUUGUUGUGGAUAGACUUCUGGAAGAGUUGGCUGAUAUGAAAAUUAGAGAUGAGAAGGAAGUAGAAACAACGGUAAUUGAUGGAAAUGCCACAGAGACGGGUCAUAUAAUUGUAACCACCAUAGGCGGUCAAAAUGGACAGCCUAAACAGACCAUUAGCUACAUGGCAGAGCGUUCUGUAGGGCAUGGUUCUUUUGGAGUAGUUUUCCAGGCUAAGUGCUUGGAGACUGGUGAAACUGUUGCAAUAAAAAAGGUUCUUCAAGACAAGAGAUACAAAAAUCGUGAAAUGCAGACGAUGAGGCUUCUUGAUCAUCCAAAUGUUGUCUCUUUGAAGCAUUGCUUCUUCUCAACUACUGAGAAGGAUGAGCUGUACCUUAAUUUGGUCCUCGAAUAUGUUCCAGAAACCGUUCAUCGUGUUAUUAAGCACUAUAACAAAAUGAAACAGAGAAUGCCAUUGAUAUAUGUGAAGCUGUAUAUGUACCAGAUCUGCAGAGCAUUGGCUUAUAUCCAUGGAAGCAUUGGUGUUUGCCAUAGAGACAUCAAGCCUCAAAAUCUUCUGGUGAACCCACAUACACACCAGCUGAAACUAUGUGACUUCGGCAGUGCAAAAGUUCUGGUCAAAGGAGAGCCAAAUAUAUCAUAUAUUUGUUCUAGGUACUAUAGAGCUCCAGAGCUGAUAUUUGGUGCAACCGAGUAUACAACAGCCAUUGACAUUUGGUCUGCCGGUUGUGUUCUUGCUGAACUUCUUUUAGGACAGCCCCUCUUUCCUGGAGAGAGUGGAGUUGAUCAGCUUGUUGAGAUUAUUAAAAUUUUAGGCACCCCAACAAGGGAAGAAAUAAAAUGCAUGAACCCAAAUUAUACUGAGUUCAAGUUUCCUCAGAUCAAAGCUCAUCCAUGGCAUAAGAUCUUCCACAAAAGAAUGCCACCUGAGGCAGUUGACCUUGUCUCUAGGCUUCUCCAGUACUCUCCAAGCCUUCGGUGCACUGCUUUGGAUGCUUUGAUUCAUCCUUUCUUUGAUGAGCUCCGCGAUCCUAAUACUCGAUUACCAAAUGGCCGGUUUCUUCCCCCACUAUUUAACUUCAAACCUCAUGAGCUGAAGGGAGUUUCAAUGGAGUUUUUGGUGAAACUCAUUCCAGAGCAUGCAAAGAAGCAGUGUGCAUUCCUAGGAUUGUAACUUUGUUGGAUCUUAUAAUAUCACC